AUGUUUGGCAAGCGACGGCGAGCCUCCUCCAACCCGUCCCAGCGAGCGCCUCCUCCGAGCGCCUCGGCCUCUCUGGCCGCCACAAAGGCCUUUAUGAAGAAUGCCGAGUCGAAUGGCAAUCUCUCGUCCGCCGCCGCUGCUGCCGCCCUGCGCACUCAUGUCACCACCCCGACGCCUGUUGGCGACACCGUCACCAAGCGCAUGGCCCGCCGCGGCUCGCACUCUUCCAACGGCAGCUCCUCUAAGCAGCCUGCCGCCGCCCUGCAGCGCCAGUCGAGCUCAGGGUCCAUGACAGAGCGCUCGUUCCGUGCCCCGUCGCCAGGCAGAGCCAGCCCAGCAGACCCCCAUGCGCCGCCUGUUCCACCCGUGCCCACAAGCAUACAACACGAGCAGCAGCAGACAACUACAAUCCACCGCCGCGCCUCAAGCGUCGGCCCAACGUAUCGCGGAGUGUCGCCAGGCCCCAGAGGCGGUGGCAGAGGCGUCAGCCUGGAUAGAGGCGCCAGCAACGCCAGCAACGCCAGAAAGGGCACGCAACGGCCGCCCAACUCGCUUGCCCACGUGUCUGAAGAAGAAGCCUCGCCGUCUAUAAACUUUUCCCGCCCCAUGUCUCCCGGCGCAACUGCCGUGAAAAAGACCCCAUCGCCGCCUACGACGUCGAGUGGAUGGUUUGGCGGGCCCGUUGUCAAUCAAGAUGCCAUUCAGCGCAUGGCGUCCACCUCGCGACCCAAGACAUCCAGUGGCGUCACGAGUCAUCAUCUUCAUAAUGUCCAGAGAUCGGUGCAGAAUGCUGCCGACCGCCCAGUCACGACGCACCACAUUGCCCAACGAGUUCAAGGCGCGCGACUGGCGAGCGCAAGCAUGCGCCCAAAGCCAUUUGGCACAGCUGUACAAUCGCAAAUACUCGCCCCCAGACAAGCUCCUCGGCCCGUUGAUCCAAACUCUCCAGAUGCCGUCUAUGACCCAUCAACGCGCACCUUCAUACAUAAGCAGGACGCCAUGGCGCGCCACAGGGAAAUGCACGAACAGCCCGAGCACACUCCUCAGCACGAACCACAAUACACCAACACGUUUCAUCCUGUCUACAUACCCGAGAAUCAGAUGGACCGUGGCCCACCUAGCCCUAUACGUCACCAUGUCCAGCAACAGCCACUCUCGCCGCCCCUGGAAGAGCCACGAGCCGCUGUUGAGAGGCAUUCGGACGACUUUGUCCAUGCACACGUCCAGGUUCCCGAGCAGGCAAAUGCAGGCCGCAAACUCGAAGACUCUGGCUAUGGUACCAUAGUCGGCCACGAGGACGACAGAAAUUCGCCCGUUUUCGCCCAACCCCAGGACAGCGCCUACCCUCGCCUAUCCACUCCGGCCAGCUCUAGGCCCGCCAGUACUCAUGUCGUUCCUGAUCACGAACGUGUCAGUCACGAGAGAAGCUCAUCAUUAAACCCACCGCGCACCGCUCAUUUUGCGCCAGUAGCCGUUGAGCUUACUGGGCUGAAGCACGACCCGCUGCCGCGAUCCGUGUCUCCCGCUAAAUCUGCACUGAAAGCGUCGCCAUCGGUUUCGCGUCGUGGCGAGUCUCCAAUCAGCUCCAGCGGACGUCUCCAUAGCCUAGGUGCUCAGAGUGAAGCAUCUGACACCGCCUCGGAUGAAGGGGGAAGGCGCAAGAAGAGAAAUGUCCGGGUCAGCUUCGAGGAGGACCUGGUAGCGUCGAGCCACUCUGCGCCCGCCCACUCUGAGCCUACCUACGCAGGUCUAGGCGUAUCUAAAUGGGGUCCAAUCGCUGAAAAAGAUGACGAGUUUGAAGAUCUCAGGAAGCCGCGACCCGCUCUACCCAUGUUUGGUAGUAUCCGCGAAAAGGAGCGACGCCCUCGCGACGAAGUGCCCGAGAAGGUCACCGAGACAGUCCCAACAGACUUCAUUGGUCAAUCUCACGUCUCCAGUGACCUUGCGCUUGGCAAUAUUUUCGCCCGCGACCAUGCCCGAAAACAGGAAGAACAUGGCGAUCCUCUUCCACCGCAGGUCACUACCGUUGAAGGCAGUGGAUACGUAUCAGACUCGAGUGAUUACUCAGAUCAUCAUGAGCCUACGGAGCGGAAGGAAAUUUCCCAAGGGGUGCCAGCUCCGGAGCCCAAGUCUCUUUCUGCACCUCACCAAGAUGCGCCAUCAGGUAUAACAGAACAAGUUGUUACUGUCCCAAACAUAGCGUUCCAGCCUCCUACUCCUAGCCCUUACGAAAAGCCAGAGCCAAAGUUCCAGAGCAUAGGGAUACCUGAGGAAUGUGACCAAGUUCAAGCAUCCAAGCCAGAUGCGUCUCUGUCGGCACCCUCUGCACGCACUCAGCCGACGAGCCAGACAUCACAGUCUACGUCACAUGGUGUUGAAGAAAGCACGGAUGAUGAAAGCAGCGUGUACAGCGAUGCGUAUGAGGAUUUGUCCGAUGCAGGUGGGUUUGCUAGUAUCGAUGCUCUGAUGGACAAGCCAGUGGAUCCUCCACCUGGCCUGAUGCCAAAAUAUGCGGUUCCAGACACGACAGACAGUCCGACACCGACACUUAGGCAAGAGACCUUUUCAAACGAGACCAACGAUACAGACAUAACACCCACAAUAAAGCAAGGGCCUUUUGCGAAUGAGAGCAGUCGUGUCGAGACACCUACGCAGGAUUGGAACGCUGCACAACUGCAUUGGAGUGGUAUUAAUGGGUCACUUCGACAGUCCCAAGAGCCUGAGGUUCAUGCUGAGCAGCCCUCAAAGGCUCAGCCGGUCACUAAUGGGGCCGUGAAAGCCCCAGUUUCGCAGGACCAUACAGCGCGCGCAGCUUCGUCGUCACCAUCCUCAAAGCCUCUGAAGUCGGCCUUGAAGAAGACUUCCACACCGCAAACGACGCGCCCAGCCGAAUCCCAAAACAACACAAUGCAGACUAUGGCGCCUAGGGAUAGCCAGCCAGAGAUUCGCAUGAGAAGAACUAUGCGUGGAGGCGCAAACACGGAUGCGCAAACUGACCAUCGGAUGGGAUCAACUAUGCGUUCAAGCAUGCGGGGGCCACCAGAAAACUCGACCAGAGCACAGCCGCAGAUGCGGCAGAGCAUGCGGUCAGCAGGUACAGCGCCGGCUUCGAACAUGGGACUGGCAGCAUCUCGUCAUAGCAUGGGGCCCAUGGACACAAAGCCGCCUCGAGGCGCGCUCCAAAAGAAGAACAUCCCAGCCUCGGUAGCGCCUUCUAAGCCAAGGCCACAGAGCAUGCCUGUUGCGAAGCCCAUGGCCGCCGCGCCAGUACCUACAUAUGACAGCGAUUCCGAUGCUUCUGUCAGCAGUUUCCAACGAUCGAGAAACCGGGGGCCACGGCAAAAAGGUGGGAGGUAUACUAUGCGUGCGUCAAUGAGACAGGGGCCGGCACCCACUAUGCGCGCGAGUGCUCCUGCUCCCAAACAAGUUCAAGCCAUCUCGCCCCCAGUCUCUCCAUCGCCCGCCAUGCGAAAGUCCAUGCGGCCCUCUUCGCCAACGCCAGAACCAGUCAAGUCAUCCAAGUUCAGCAUCCGAUCCUUGUCACCAAUGGGCAGGUUCCGCAAGGGACCUGACCCUGUUUCUUUGCCUGUUCAAGAAAAGCCCAUGCCCUCGUUCGCCAAGCAGCCCAAACUUGCCAAACCAGCGGUGCAACCCGCAAAGUUGCCCAAGGCAACCAAGGCGCCUUUCAAGAGCCGCUUCGCUGAUUCGAGCGACGAAGACGAAGAUGAUAUACCCAGUCGGUUCCAGAGCCGAUUCCAGAGCCGAUUCGAGGACUCGGACGACGAACCCACCGACUAUGAGCUGCCUCCUGGUUUGAGACCAGUCCGAGGCAUUCCCAGGGAGCCUGGUGAAGAGGAUGGUGACUCUACGGAUCUAGAGGAAGAAGUGGAUGAGGUGCUUCCAGAGGAAGUUUCCAAGCCUGCUCCACAGACGAAUGGAGUCAAUGGCGGCGCUAACAAACAAGGCGCAUCGCUAGCUGCUGGUUCUCUCCGUGAUGGCAAACAAGCUCCUUUGCCCUCUUUCCAGUCUGGUGGCAAGAGCAAGUCGAGGCGCAGUUUGUUUGGCUUUGGGAAGAAGAAGACCGCUCAGGCGGAGUCGGUUCAGGCCCAGCCUGAGCCAGUGCAGCAUACAUCUGCACCGAAUGAGAUUCCCAUGCCACCUGCCCAGCGCAACCGCGACAAGGGUAUCCCUAUGACACCUAUUGAUGAAGACAAGGAGUUUUUCGAGCCUACUCCAACCACUCCUAAAAAAUCACCCAAGCUUCAACGACGAUCGACCCCUGACUGGCCUCUACCACCAGCUAUCGGGACGGACAAUCGCCCAGUGAGCUCAGAUGGCGUCGCGGCUCGUAGGCCACGCUUUGCCAGCCGACAGCCCAGCGCUGUUUCCAAUGUCUCUGCACCCAUAGUCGAUACACAGGGCCAUUCUGUUUCUUACGGCCGGAGCGGAAAAAAGAAGAAGUUCCAAGGCCUAAGGCGGGUCUUUGGGCUGAACGAUUAG